CAAAACACUCAACACGAACACGAUCGACACUUGUUUCGUUGUCAUAGCAACGAAUACUUCUGCUAUUCAUCUAAACUCCGGCCCCUGAUCAAAACAAACACAUGAUCAAUUUGUGAAAAUAUUUCUUGUUUGCUGUCCAUUAAAGACCAUUUAAAAUGGGUCCGAAAAAGGGGAAAGGAAAAGGUGGUCCAGUGGAUGGGGUGGAUACUACCAGCAUGUCCCGAGAACAGCUGGAAGCAUUUUCACUCCGCUUGAGGGAAGAACUAGACAGAGAAAGAGAAGAACGGAAUUUUUUCCAACUUGAGCGAGACAAACUGAGAACAUUCUGGGAAAUUACAAGGCAGCAAUUAGAAGAAAACCGUGCUCAUCUAAGGAAUCAAGAUCGUGCACAAGAUGAAAAUGAAGAGAAACAUCAAUCAGAAAUCAAAACUUACAAGCAAAAAGUCAAGCAUCUUCUUUAUGAACAUCAAUGUAACUUGUCUAAUGUUAAGGUGGACCGUAUGGUGGCUCUUAAAAUGGCUCAAGAUGAUUAUACUGCUAUGGAAAAUGAAUUGUUAAAAGACAAAACCAAUCAAAAGGCAAAAUUACGAGAACAAGAACUUGCUCACCAGGAAAUUGUGCGCCAGCUAAAAAUGGAACAAAGCGCAGAAAUUAGUAAAAUGCGAGAACAAUUUUCUCAAGAUGCACUGGAACUGGAAAGAAAAUAUGAGGCUCGUUUAACAACACAAGGAGAAGACAUGGGUUUGCAGCAUUCUAUGGAAGUGGCAGAGGUCGAGCAAAGAAAGAAUAGACAAGUAGUAGAGCUAACUAAAAGUCAUGAAAAAGCUUUUAAUGAUAUGAAAAAUUACUACAAUGAAAUCACCUUGAAUAACUUGGCUCUUAUCAGUAGUUUAAAGGAGCAAAUGGAGGAGCUAAAAAGUAGUCAUGAAAGGAUGGAGAAACAGCUGCGGGAAGUCCAGGGAGAAAAUAAGAGACUCACAGAACCACUGAAACAAGCCCAAUCUGAAUUGAGCAAUCUACAGCGCCAGCUUGCUAGUUACGAUCAUGACAAAAUUACUUUGGCAAAUACCAAACAACGCCUAGCACUGGUGACCAAAGAACUUGAAGAUUUACGUUGGGAGAAUGAGGUUCUUGAACUCCGCUUUGAAAAGGUGGAAAAGGAACGCGACCGCCUGCACGCGGAGUUCGUGGGUGCUGUGCUGGACGUGCAGCAGAAGUCGGGGCUGAAGAGCGCCAUGCUGGGCAAGAAGAUGUCGGAGCUGCGCGGCGGCGCGGUGAGCGCGCCCACGGUGAGCGCGGAUCUGCAGAACGAGCUGGCGCGCGCUGUGCAGGCCCACGACGACCUGCUCGCGGCCUACGAGACCAAGCUCAAGCAGCACGGCAUCCCCGUCGACGACCUGGGCUUCAAGCCGCUCCGUGCCAAGACUCCGGCGACGCCGACCGGCGCUGGGCGGGCUUCGAGUCCGGCUAAAUAGAGCCACAACAUAUCGUAUACGACUGAGCUGUCAACCACAAACCUUUUCCGGCACUACAAGUCCCGUCAAGAACCACCCCAAUUACGCUUAUUUUUCUCUCUUAUACACACAUUUGACACGUUUGUAUCGUUCUUUCACCAAAUACAGAGAUUCUAGUGUUAGCAUCGUGAGGAGAUUCACUCAACACAAAAGCACAUUUUAAGUAUAAUUUUAUUUCUUUUGUAACAUUAUAAUUUUACGUCUUUUUAUUAUUUUCUGUGAUAUUUUUGUUUAUUUUUCAUUGCUGAAUAAAGUUAAUGUGCCCUGCA